UCAGCCUCCUCAAGUAGGACAACGGUCAGCGAACACCUUACGCCAAGUAACACUCCUCAACCAUCACUUCCCCCCAAUUAGCACCACACAGUUCGACUCCUCCCGCAGGCAUUUGUCGACCUGAAACACCAGAAAGAUGAAACUCUCAAUCAUCGCAUACACCGCCGUGCUGACUCUCGUCGGUUUGGCCGUCUCCGACGUCAGCGGACAAGUGACAUGCGAGCUGUGCAAGGAAUUAACUGCUGACCCACACAUAAGCUACCGCCUUAAACCUCAAGCUGCCUGUGGGGAACCCCUUGAUGGAGGCUUGACUUGUCAGAUCCAACGCCCGAAGUUAUACUAUAAGUGUAAGCGAUCCGAGUGUAGAGCGAUCACCUCCAUCAACGCCGUCCCAAAUAAACGCGACUCCGCCACAAUCAGACGCUUGCCUGUCGAAAAUCGACCUUGCUUCCAUGAAAAUAAGAUGGUGUAUAGGGACCCAAAAGUCAAAAGAAAACCUGUUGUGCAAUCAACUCAGAACCCAGUUGUAUUCCAUGACUUCCUUGGGCUAGCAGAUAAUAAUCCUCAUUAGGUAACCAAAGCAGACAUUGUGUUCAGUUAUUAGAAGUUGUGCUUCAUGUCUUCAUAGAAUUGCAAGCCCCUCAAAACCUCUGUUGACAUUUGCAUGUUCAUAUUGUCCUUUCUCUUCUUUGUGUUGAAUUGGGUGAUGAGUAUUUUUUUUGUAGAAAUCCAAGGCUUUGUUGCA